UCUCUCUUUCUCUCAUUCCUGGUCACCUCAUAGCUCACUUCCACUGCUUCCACCCUCGUUUCUUCGCGCUUUCAUUGUUGCUGGCCUGGAAGGGAGAGAAAAAAAAAAGGUAGUCAAGAACAACAAACAAUCUGGCCCGGCACGACACGAGAUGAGCCAGCCGCUGAGUCGCCUGCAUGUGCUCACGUCUACAAUGAACUGGGAAGCAGUGCCCCAGUACCGGUGGGAGUCUAUGCCAUGUUUCAGUGUUAUUGUUUCACUUUGAAUGGAUUUGUUCAUUAUCUGAUUCUUAUGACAUUGGAAUGGAUCUCUUCACUAUCUGAUGAUUGUAACUGGAUCUAGUUGAAAGCGGAAGACGUAGUUUUAGUUUUAAGGUGUUCAAAUCAGACUUCUCAGCUGAGGUCAUCACUGACCUAAAAUUACUUCAUCAGUUAAGGUCAUCACUGACCUAAAACACAAUGGUCGUCACCAACAAGGUCUGCAUCUUUCUUUCUGUGGUCAUAACCUGUAUGAAAGAUUGCCAUGGCUGCUUCCCCCUGGACGACCUCUUCAUCUUCAACCGAGUUUGGAAACAGCAGACGUCACUGUUUAAUUAUACGAUAAUGACGGUGGGCACUGAGGCAGAUGACCUCAUGCAGCUGGACUUUUAUCAUGGACAGUCCUUGCAACGGACUGUAUUGAUGAGAUGUCUGAUAGCCUAUGGAGAGAGCAGGUACUUGGUGCGUACUGAGAAUGAGCUGGAGGAGGACAGCCUGUACAGCUGUGUCCAGUUUGAAAUACUCACCUACACCAUCUUUCAAAUGAGCCAAACAGUCAGCGAUGACAUACGUAAGAAGGUUAACUGUGUCGAAGAUUCUUACACGGAAGAUGCAUCCAUCUGGUUCGCAAAUCUUUCUUACUUCGGUGUGGAUUGCCCACUUACAGGCGGCUACCAACUGGUCACCAACGCCGACAACGCGGACAGUUUGGCGUUGUCCCCCAAAUGUUUCGAUAGCAUCUACACGUACAAUCCAAGGUUCCAGUUUCAGUGCGACAACGUCAAAAGCGGUAACGUGGUGCUCGAGAUGGGCGACGCCUGCACCUUCAAUGCUUUGGUGGACAGAAUGCAGAUCGUGAAGAGGAACAUUGUUUUCUUUCGAUGCAUGGGUCACUGGAGUAGAGGCUCCACCGUCUCACUGCUGCUUCAGAUGCAGGAGAACGAGGGUCAGGUCUGGUGCCUCCAGUAUCAGAAUUUGCCCCACCAAGAAGGGUUCAUGCCAAUGUUCCUCAGCCUCGAUGGUCGCUGCUCCAAAGACAAUGUAUUCACUAGUGGAGAGGGCAGAAAGUCGAUGCAGUCUGUGUAUGGCGCUUUGGCGCAUUUCUAUCCCCCGAACGACCCAAAGUGCAGGGAGUCUUACAACGACACUCAGUGCUCGGAAAAUGACGUCUGCUUGUCUUCCAACCAGUGCCCGGCGCUGUGCAACCGAUGUAGGAAGGAAGAGAAUUUCAACCCGUGCAAGUUUGAUGCGAAGUUGCGCGGGAGAUGGAAGCCCGUUUCUCUGCUUUUGAAUUACAUUUAUGUGUCAGUUGAUGUUCAUUCUAUAAGCGGAUACUAUGGAGACUUUGCCUGCAGAGAUGAGCAGGGGCAAGACGGUCCCAACGUCAAACAGUUACGACUUGUUCAGACAGGCUCAGUGCCAUCGUGCAUGCCCUUUUACGCCUGUCUAACGAUGAAGUAUCUUGCGGCCGGUAUACUUUUCUUUGAAUUCAGAUCCGUCAUUCGCAACCAGGUGACAGGAGAGCCCUAUUCAUGCGCUGACGGCAGCGAAAAGUGGGGUCACUUGAACCUUAUGAAAACGGAAAGUCCUUUGACCCUGUUCGACACCACAAAGCUGACCAAAACUGGUUGCAAUGUUACGCGCCAAUAUGUUUUUCCGACGCCUCACUCGAAAUGCAGGCUCGUAGUCCACAAGUGUGCAGGUAGCUGCAGCUCGAUCAGCCCCACUUUCGACUCUUCCACCUGCAGCAACGACACCAUUCAGGCGAACCCCUUGCAGUCCAACCACAUCUGUCUGGGAACUGUGCCCUUUCAAGAUCAGGUCUACGGUAUCCUGACCAUCUACAAAAAGACAUCUCAGUACUUCUGCUGGAUCUUUGCCAACACAAGGCUCUUCAUCGCCACGCCGGAACAGUGCAACCAGAAGUCAGUGAGUCUCAUCCUGGAGGACGAAGACGCUCUGUCUAUUUACAACCCACUCAAACAACUCUCUGAGGAUGUAGAAGAUAAUGCUCAAAUAAUUACAUUGUCAAUAACGUUGACAUUAAGUCAGUAUAUUAUUGUUCAAUAUUUUAUCUCCUUUUGAAUUUCGAGUACAUACUGAGAUCAAUCAUUGUCAACACUUGCAUUAGCUUUCAUAGACCAAAGAUUGACCUGGUAGUUUCCGUCAUUUUUUUAAAGUCGGAAUUCUCGGAUUAGGAAUUCUUGGAUUAUCGCUUCAUCUCGGGCAAUAAGCACAAAGACAAAACAAAUUCAUUUUAUUUUUUUGGCUUUCUGAUACUUUUAGACUCUGCGCCUCGAAAAAAGAAUGAAACAGAAACCAAAAGUCUCAGAGAAUACAACGUUGGUGAGAUUGUUCAUAAUUUUUUCUAAUCUUGGCUCUGGAACAAACUGAAUACUUUAAGCAAAGGAAGAUUUUCAGAAAGAAAAUUUCGAGGAAAUAACUUAUAUGAAUUGGGGAAAGUAAAAAAUUCAAUAAAUUUUUGGGCGUCAGAGUCAUUUUAAGUCUGUCUUUACAAAAUGAUUUUAAAAUGUAUCUAUUACCGUCAGGCUAGUAAAUAAAGAUUAUAAUGGUUAUAUAAUUAAAAAGCCUUACAGGGUCCACCAAAAAGCGCCACUGUGAGUAAUAAAAAAGAGCUCAUUUAUAUUAAACUCUGGAUGUACAUUAUAUGAAUGUAUAUCUAUAUAAAACACAGUAUUUUGUAAAUAUUAUUGUGAUAUCUUGUGCUCAUGUACAAAUAAAAACUGCUUAUAAAUGAAGUAUAACAAUUUCACAUUGAAACUACUUUCAACAACACGUUUGAAGGUAUAUUAAUCUCAUAUUUUGAUACAUGUAUAGAUUCUGUUUCAUCCAAUAAUGAUUUUUUUUCUUCAUAGUUAUUGUGUGGGAGUUGGGCAAGUGAAGGAAUGUUUGUAUUAUUACCAUCCUUUUCAAUUUGCAACAGAUCCAAAGAAUUGACUUGAAUCAGUCUCUACCUCGGCCAUCUUGUCUUAUACAUUUCGUCUUUAUUUUCAUAGAAGUUAUUUAACUAAAGGGAGUUUUACAUUGUGAAUAGUGGGAUGCCAUUUUAUAUAAAUUUAUUAACCUUUUUUUUAAAAAUCGAAACAAGAAAAUAUCUUUAUAUUUUCCAUUAAUUAGAUACUAUUCCCUUAUCUUCGAGUAUACUGUUCUUAAAGUCUAUAGGUUGGAUCAUGUUAAGUUACUUUUUAUGGUAUUAGCUACAAGAUUAGGCAAUUUUUUGUUCUUACUGUGCUCAGGUCUUAAUGGAAUCAAGUACAGUAAAGAAUCACUCGAAACCAGUUAGAUAUCUUUUAUAAAUGUUAGCUAGCAAGAUUGAAUGUAGCAUUGCUCUAUUAUACUAUUGCAGUUUUAAAGAUUGUUUCGGUAUCUUUCGACAAAUAAAACGAUUCUACUUUAAAAAAAAAAUGUUGGUUGCAAUCUCCACAAUUAUAAUUUUCUUUUAAAUGAUCAGAUACGAUUCAAAUUGUUUCUUAUUAGUAAUUCUUUUCCAAACCAGAUUUGUAUAGAAUCAUAGGUGCAUUGAUUGUAUUCGCUGAACAAAUUAUAAAUACUUUAUUUAUUCAAAUUCUUCUUGUCACUAUUUUCAACAGAUUCUACAAAAAUGUAAAAAAAAAAUUAAUAAUAAUAAGCUGCAAGACCUAAAUCAAAUAAAGUUUUCUAUCAGAUCUUGUAGAUCUAAAAAAGAUGUAUUAGAGCAGGGGUUCUCAGCCUGUGGGUCGCGACCCCUUUGGGGGUCGAUUGAUGAUUUGCCAGGUGUCGCCAAAGACCAUCGAAAAAAUGGAUUGUUUUGUCCAUUCUUCUAUAGGUGUGUGUGUGUGCGGGGCGGCAGAGUGGGAGAUUGUAAAAAGGGGUCGCCGAGCAUAAAAGGUUGAGAACCGCUGUAUUAGAGAGAUUAGUGCAAAGGCUUGGAGUUUUAGAUGUUCAUAAAAUAUUACUUUUUGUUAACUCAUUUCAUACAGAUCAUUCCGAAAAUAAUGCUCAGAAAAAAAAUAUCUUUAAAUCGUGCAAUGUUUGCUUCACAUUUUUAUUUUACAAAUUUUGUCUUUUGUAUUUAUUAUUUAUGCCCAGGAAAGAUAAUUGUUAUACACAAACUUUGUUAACCCUCAUAGUCUGUAACCAAGGUAAUACAGAUACAAUCAGUUUCAACAUAGACCUGUUUUGGUUUGGGUGGUUUGUCUAAUGUAAGCGACAUUAUCCUUAUCUAAAGGGACGCACGUUUACUGGAGUGUCAGUUCGUAAAGUGACCAUACUGAUAUUUUAAAUAUAUAUUAUCGUUACGUAAGUGGCACAGAUCGUUCAAGAAGGGGAUUACCUGCGGGUCAAAUUGUCUAAGCCAUAACCCUUUUCGAUUUUAUAGAAUUUUAUGAAAAGUGUCAGGGCUUAUGUGGGUGUGGAUGGUUUGAGAAUAUGUGAGUGAACCAAUUUUGUAGGCCACGCCUUCCUGCGAGCACCCCAAGUGAUACGUGAAGAAAGAAUGUAGAAAAGGGGGCGGUUGCUAGAUGGUUAAAAUUCUUUCUAAAUUACGAUAAUACCAACAUUUCAAUUAACACAUGGGUUUCAACUCUAUUACAUACUAUGUUAAUGGAAGGGAACUCGUGGGAUGUAAUUAAUAUUUCGAAUCUAGUGGAAGCGAGGUCUCUUCAGGAAUGAGAGCUAUUUAUGUCACAACAUAUCUACACAUCUUUCCCACACGCAGCUUGACGUGAAAUGUUUAUUGAGGUUGAAGCCGGGUUUAUUAAUUCAAAGUGCUGGGCGGCUCUACAUCUAUUUUUUCUGUUUUCCAUACAAAAACAAAAGAGGCUUGGAAAGAAGUGAAGAUGUUUCAAGAGGUUUCAAGAUAAAAAAAAAACAAAUCUUGCAAAUUUGUAGAAUUACGCUUCUAGGGAGCCAAGUGACCAGGGGUCCAGAUACUACGCACAAUAGAUCGUGUAUAUUAAUCUAUUUCAUUUUGAUGAAUCUAGAUAAAAUAGGAUGGCUGCCUGGUCGUGUGGCAUGCGCUCUGGGCUGUGGUCUCGAUGGCUCAGUAUAUACUUAUACAACAUUGUGCUGCUCUUAUUUCCCCAUUGUCUUAGAAUAAUAACAAAUAAAACUAGAAUAACAACAUCAUUGAUCCAAGUAUGUUCAUGUGUAUUCAAUGUACUCUAGUUUGUAUAGCGAGGCUAACACCAAGCAGUGGUUAUGACGAAUAUGUUAUUCUGAACCACUGCAACUGACUUGAUAGUAUCAUGAGCUGGGCUUCCAUUGCUGGGUAAUUUAUCCCAGAUCUUGGUAUAUUGGUCUCAGCAUAAAUAUAACUCAUUCAUUUCAUUUUCUUCCUAAUUCAAUAAUGUAAAUCUAUUUUAAAAUGAUGACGGACGUGUAUCUGUAUAUGAACUGUUCUAAAAAAUAAAAAAACAA